AUGGGCAUCCAGGCGAGCCGCGCCCUCGCCGCGCUCCUCCUGGCGGCGCUGGCCGCCGCGACCCUGCGGGGCGCCUCGGCGGUGGUGCAGUGCGGCCAGGUGACGCAGCUGAUGGCGCCCUGCAUGCCGUACCUCAGCGGCGCCCCCGGGAUGACGCCCUACGGCAUCUGCUGCAACAGCCUCGGGGUGCUCAACCAGCUCGCCGCCAGCACCGCCGACCGCGUCGCCGCCUGCAACUGCGUCAAGGCGGCCGCCAGCGGGUUCCCGGCCGUCGACUUCAGCCGCGCCGCAGCUCUCCCCGCCGCCUGCGGGCUCGCCAUCAACUUCGCCGUCACCCCCAACAUGGACUGCAACCAGGUUACGGAUGAACCCUGAGAUCGGACUGGAGAACCACACGCACGCAACGUACACAGAGGAAAAGCUUAGGUGUUGGACUGACCAAAAUAAAAUCAGCAAAGAUAGUAUAAGAUUGAAUCAAUGGCCUUCAAUCAUGCAUGUGCCGAACUGUUUAGUUGAUUAAUAUGUAAUUCAAUUGUUAUCCCGAUGUAUUAUUUCUGUGCUUAUAUUGGAAUAAAGUAUAUGCAUGCUAGUAUGUUA